AUGAGUUUACUCAGGCAGGCCAAACCUACCCCUACCCCUUUCUCUAGCGAUUGGGAGCAGGCUUCAGAAUGUGAUGAAGAACUAUGGGGUAUAAUGCGUACAGGACCAAAUGCAUGGUGCUCUACCGUCAAUCGAUUCACACGGACCAAUAUCAAGACUGCGAUAAUGACAAUGCGCAGAGUCCAGUGUUUCGGACCCCGUCGAAUCCAAGCGAUUGAACGGGGCUCUGUCGGUGUCAGAGUACUGAAGCGGUGGCGGUUUGCUUUAUUUAUAGCCAUAGCCUUUGGACUGACGUACUUGGAACGACAGCGGUUGCAACUCGCUAGCAAUGGCAUGGCACUCACCGAGAAACUACCGGAGGUAGGAAACACGCGCUGCCUAUCUGCGUACGGCCGCCGAGUCCUCCCACUGCAGCGGGGAGUAUUGCUUCAGCCGACCGGUGGAUUCUGUAUGAGCCAGUCGUUGCAUAUUAUGCGUCAUCGACUCCUCCUCCGUGGAGAUGCCGUUGUCGGACGAUUGGAGUGCCUCAUCGAGCGCUUUAAACCAACUGCAAUAGAUCCACGGUCCUUCGCUUCGGCAUACCCCAUUAAGCCAUUUGCUAGCGAACGUUUCGCGUCUCAAGAAGCAAGGGCUCAGGGCAAAGAGCUCCAGCUUGUCACAUGCUUAGCUCGCACAAUCGCCAUUCCAUACGGGCAGGGCGAGUGGAUGUCCGGGCCGAGUUCCAAAGUUUCACUUCCCGGUUCGUCUACCUGUAUCAAAUGCUUGGGAGCUCCGCGCGACCACACGUACAUUCCACACUUUUUCAUAGAUCCGGAAACGAUGUACACCGGACCCAGCUACUGCUUUGGACGGUUGAUUAGGACUCUUAUUCUGGGACUCAAGGACUAUCAAUACCCAUCCUGGCACGGAUCCAUUGACGAUCCAUUGCCACCGAAUCAGUCGAUCCGAGUGGUAGACCUGACAUCCCCAUUACGAAGCGCGUUAAGCCUAUCUCAUCCGUAUCGCUCGGAGUCACACGGUUAUCAAUGUACCCCUCAGGCGACUUCGAUUCUGCAGCACAUCAAUGAGUCGUUUACCUGGCAUACGAGAGUUGUUUCCUGGAACUGCGUGCCGCAGCCAAAACGCCGAUCUGCGUCACCAGAAGCGUUCAUUUCCAGUACGUCCCGCGAAGCUUUGAUUUUUAACGGCGACAACUCGUCCGCAACCUUUCUCACUCUCGCAGCAGAAUUCCUCGACGGGCCGCAGGCGACGUCCAACUCCAUGGAUGAAGACACCGCCCUGCGCUUGGAUGAUAUUCAGGAAUCAUUGCAGAGACAGGAAUCGCGUUGCAGUCCUUCUCAGUCUCAGGAACCGUUCGCACCUGUUGGCCGACAUGAAGAUUUAAAUGUCACGCGGUCGACAAGUGUCAGCCUCUGCACCGAACUGGAGAGGAGGCGGCACAGCUUCGAGCAAACCUUCUGGAUUAGCGAUGUUGUCGACCGGCCACGGCAGCAGACGCGAAGUCACACUGGACUCAACGAGGAGAUCUCCGGAUCCACGAGACGACACAUACCGGAGCCAAGCCAAACGGUUUACCCCGAGCGCGCUCAAGGCCUGGAGGUCGAUCUACGCGGCGUAGACGAGAGGCUUGCAGCACUCAUCGCCAAGAUCAUGGCGUCUCACUCCAUAGUGCACCCUACUCUCCGAGUGUUGUUGGCUCCUGCUCAAGAAGAUGACGGCUGGUUACAACUUGUCCGCCAUCAACGGGUAUUCGAUGGUAUUCCGAUGGGGUUCCCGGAUACUACACAAGUAUCCUGGCCAUCCGCGUGGGAACAACGCGCACUCACGCUAUGUUCGACGAUCUGCGACGAGUUGCAAUUUGCGACCACGUUGUACCUAGCCGCCGUCGAUGCGAAAGCGAAUACCUUAGGCAUAGUUACCCCAAUUAACGAGGUACAAGAAGGAACGGGGAACUUAGCGAGCUUGAGCGGCCCCAACGGUGACUUGCCAGACAACACAGGUGUCGGCCGUCACAGGGUCUAUGUACCCCAGGACUUAGCUCUUACAUGGCAUCCAACGGGAGAACCGAGAAAUAGCCAGGCAAAUAGCUCACCGACGAUAUUGAUCGAACAGCCAACACAAACCUUGGAGAAGCUCGGCACAAUCGCCGAUGAGACUCCCGAUCCCGAUACGCCCUUCGCGAAGUUAUGCCACCUGACUUCUAGAGCAUUGUGCACGAAGAUCGGGAUCAAGCUUCGGGUUCUAUCUAGAUACGGGAUUAGGGCUGGCUCGACUGCAGUAUUCACACCGACUUAUAGAGACUGCUUACUUACAGACUGUCCUGUCGACACUUCAAACGGACUAUAUAUCGGGCGUGGCAUGGAAGUAUAUCGGAUACGUGCAGGUCGCAGCGAUCCUGUAGUAUGGUACAAGUCGUGGACAGUAGAUGUAGAGCCUGAGGGUUUUGAGAAGGUAGGGGAACAAACUGAAAGCAUGUCUAGCGUGUGGACCGCCCUAUUACUUCCAAAGAUCGUCAGACCUUCCGUAGUUUUUACAAGCGCCUCGCACGAGAGUCAUGGAAUUGACGAGUCUGUCGUUCGAUUUUUAUGCGAGACGUUCCCCGCACCUCUCUUGCCGAACCUCAGGAGAAUCAUAUGCCUCCCUCGACCGACCCCCACUCGCCAUGAAGUUUCUUUGCAUGUUAACCCUCCACUCGCUGGCGCCCAUAUCGGCGACAGCGACAUCGGCAGCGACCUCUGCGAGGAUCCGGCGUUAGGCUUUCUCAUGGCUUCCCUCGUGAAGAGCACCCCCGAGUUGCGGGAGUUCCAUGUGGGCGAAUGGAAUAUUGAAUAUUCUAUCAUAACACGCCCUGAUGCAAUCGGACUACCAUCGUUGGUGACUCUGGAUAUCGCGGGAAAUAUGUGGUCGGUUACGCGCGGGCUCCUGUAUCUCAUGGCGGAGAAGCUGACCUGUCUAUCCUGCGCAUGCUGGGCGGAAGAGGGUGGCGCCAUUGGCGAACACAAGUUUAUUUACGACUUUAUCUCGCGAUUCCCCAACCUCGAAGUGCUUUACACGCAUUUCACGGCCUUCGCGAGUCUCCCGCACGACGAAGAACCCGUGGAGUGGUUGGUAGAGGACGUCCUGCGCCCUCUGACGAAGUUACCUCGUCUCGAGGUUCUGGGCAUCAAGACGGCACCAUUUAUCACGAUUCCUUUCGAAGAAAGCGAUUUCUUGCCCAUUAUCGCGGCGUGGCCCCAUAUGGUGCUCCUGUCUAUCAUCGUGGGCCCGGGUGCCCCGGACCUCAGCAUCGGAUGUUUGUCGGAGGUCGUUCGCAGGUGUCCUUUGAUUCUGCACCUCGGCCUACCCAUAGAUCCGUCAGUCCCAGUCCCUGCUGCGCUUCCCAACUUCUGUUACCGGGGGCAGAUACUGGCGUUUCCAGCUGUCUCCGUCCCAGAAGAUGCCAAGGAGGCCAUCGCCAGGUAUUUGGUCGGCAUUUUCCCUUUCCUCGACCCGGAUGCCUAUCUUACUGCAUCGGAUCGAGGGAGUUGGUCAUCCAUCUGGGAGCUUGCUGCGUCCUUGGAAAAGGAUGUGGACCUGGGAGAGGUUCUCGCCAAGUUCUACCCGCCGUCAUAG